GCCCAGUGGGCGACGCGCCUCAGGAAAAGCACCCGUGACGGCCAUCAGUGUGGCUGCCAGGUGCGUGGAACCGCUGGGACCGCUGAGAGUCUGGGACUGCGGGACCCGUGUCUUCCGCGGAGCGCACGUCGCGCCUGCCCUGCGAAAACGCCAAGCAACGCCCCGAACUUUUGCAGCAGGCACGACGGAGCAGCACAAACAAUGGCGGCCAGCAGCACCAUGCUCAUACGGCAUCUUGUCGCGCGGAGGGCGCCCGCCCUCGCACGCAGGUCGCUGCAGCGACGAUGCUAUUCCACACAUACGCCUGAUACCGGCGAGGACCUUCCACAGACGUUCGCGCAGAAGUGGCAGCGCGAGUGGGCUUCCGGAGUAGGUCUCGACAGCCCUGUCGCUGCCACAGAAGCCCCCGCGACCGCGCCCUCGCCUGCAGGCCUCGCAGAGCAGUAUCACGCGCACAAGCAGCAGUCGCAGCGCCUCAACAGCCUGGGCGCCGUCGUCGAGCCUCACUACCAACCGCACACCCUCCUCACCAACCCUCCCUCGCCCGCCGACGUCACGCUCGAGCUCCUCCUCGCCUCUGAAGCCCACCAGGGUCACGCCACGUCUCUCUGGAAUCCCGCCAACGCGCGCUACAUCCACGGCAUUCGUCAGGGCAUCCAUGUCAUCUCGCUCGAAGUCACAGCCGCCCAUCUCCGCCGCGCAGCCAAGGUGGUUCAGGAGGUGUCGAGAAGAGGAGGCAUCGUCCUGUUCGUGGGCACCCGUGACGGCCAAGACCGCGCUGUGUCUCGCGCCGCCGAGCUGGCCAAGGGCUACCAUCUGUUCGAGCGCUGGAUCCCCGGAAGCAUCACAAACGGCCAGCAGAUCCUGGGCCGUUGCAAGACCAAGGUCGUCAACGAGCACGACAAACAUGUCUCGGGCUUCGAGGAGCAGCUGUACGACCGCCCGGUCCUGCGUCCAGACCUCGUCGUGUGCUUGAACCCCCUCGAGAACUACGUCCUGCUGCACGAGUGCGCGCUCAACAACAUCCCCACCAUUGGUGUCAUUGACACAAAUGCUGAUCCUACAUGGGUUACCUACCCGGUUCCGGCGAACGACGACAGUCUGCGCUGUAUCCAAGUCAUCGCUGGCGUUCUCGGCCGCGCAGGUGAAGCAGGUCAGAAACAACGCCUCGCCGCCGCUGCGAGAGGGCGCAUUACCUACCGUCCCGCCCAGGGUCUGAUGGUGUUCGAGACAGAAGAUGGUGACAGGGAAGUCGCGCAGGCCAAGUCUGAGGCUGAGGCUGUCGUGGCUGCAAGGAUGCCUGAGGUCGUCAGCGGGGCUGAGGUUGAUGCUGACGCUGAGUUCUCCAGGCAUCUGGACGAAGUACGCGACCGUGAGGACCACAGGCAGAAGGGUGGAAGGAGAAUCAAGUUCAGCGACUAGAGGAGCUAUAUUGUACGAGUAGGAUAGCAUUUGGGACGGUGUGUUAUUAGAUGUGCAUCUACAUCAAUGUACAACAAGAGCAAGAUACUACCGCUUGCAUCUACAUUGGAAAAGCAUACUCUACAUCCACAACUACUUGCCACCUAGGAUGAGCGCAUGCUGCGCCUCAAGGUCUCUAUCUCUUCACGCGCAUAGACCAUGGCUCUCCUUCCUGCAACACGUCGAGCCGAAUGCGACGCAUCUACCAUCCCAGUAGCCCAAUGUCACCGACCCUCUCAUCUGUGAAGCCACUUGAAAGUUAAAACCCGCUCCCAGGCCACCACCAUCCGUCGCUGUCCUCGUGCUUGAAACGCCCACACACACACUAACUUCGCGCAGUAACAGAUAGGGUUGCCCAGUGAAACCAGCCUUCUCGACCAAGCCAGAAUUGACGCUCGUGGUGACUGGUAGCGCAUCGUGGCUACAGUAGUGCAUCGUGAGAUCGACGA